AAACCACGGCACAAGUGAAGUAGCCCCUAUAUAUAUUUGCAUUCGGGUUUGUGUUAUCGAUAUCUUGAGGCCUCAAAGCUUUCCCAAUACCACAUACGUGCACCAAAGCUCUUCAGGGCAAAACUCAGCAAUUUUUAUUGAAUGGAGGCCGAAAACAUGAAUAGCAGAGAGCACAAAAUUGUGGUGGCAGUAGACGAGAGCGAAGAGAGCAUGCAUGCUCUCUCCUGGUGUCUGGGAAACCUCUCCUCUCAAAACGCAAACAACACUCUCGUUCUUCUCUAUGUCAAACCGCAGCCAGUCCAUUCCACUUUCGACGCUGCAGCAUAUAUGUUUUCGAGCGAUGUGGUUGGAUCCAUGGAAAAAUACGGGACUAAGAUGGUAAAUUCAGUGAUGCAAAGAGCUGAAGCCGUUUACAGAAAUUUCCAGACCAAUGCGCACAUUGUGAGAGUAGUAGGGAAGGGAGAUCCAAAGAAUGUGAUAUGUAAUACGGUUGAGAAACUCAAAGCUGACACUUUGGUCAUGGGAAGCCAUGGUUAUGGUUUCUUUAAGAGGACUCUUCUUGGAAGUGUGAGUGAUUAUUGUGCGAAACACGUAGAGUGCCCCGUGGUGAUUGUGAAGAAAUCUUGAUCAGCGAAAAUAAUCGAUCCACGUCUAUGAUUAUGAUCAAUUUCUAAAUUAACUAAAGCCAAGGAAUUGGGGUUUGGGGGUGGGAAGGGAAGGGAAGAGGGAUCAGAUUUCACAUGUACGCAUGUGUCAACACUCAACUCAACAGAUGAAUCAUUGAAAAAAAAAAAGGAAGAGAAGAUGAAAAUGAAUUAUAAAUAAGAAAAGAAUUCUGUAACUUGUACCUGCAUGUCCUUAACAUGUAUGAUCAUGAUUUGUGGUUAAUUAUGAACUCUAUCUCUACGUGCCUUGAGGCCUAGUAGGAAAAUUGUUGGUUAUUUAUUUUAUUUUAAAUAAAAAUAUGAAGAGUCAUAUUCAUUAAA